AUGCUGAAAUGGGCCAGAGCCAAUGGAUGUCCAUGGGAUGCAGGCACAUGUGAGGCUGCUGCUACAGAGGGUCAUUUUGAGAUUUUAAAGUGGGCCCAUGAAAAUGGCCGCCCUUGGGAUGACCUUACUUGCUAUUGUGCCACUGCCUAUGGAGAUUUCAACAUUUUGAAAUGGGCAAGAGAGAAGGGAUGCCCCUGGGAUAAAAUGACAUGUGAAAUUGCUGCUCACAAUGGUGAUUUCAAAAUGUUGAAAUGGGCCAGAGCCAAUGGCUGUCCCUGGGAUUCAGGUGUGUGCACUGCCGCUGCUGAACAAGGACAUUUUGAGAUUUUAAAGUGGGCCAGGGCCAACGGCUGUCGCUGGUAUGAACAACGUGUGUGUGAGCACGCUGCCCGGAAUGGCCAUUUUGAUAUAUUGAAAUGGGCAAGAGAGAAUGGCUGCCAAUGGGAUCAGAACACUUGCUCUGCUGCUGCUGAAGGAGGACAUUUUGAGAUCUUGAAGUGGGCCAGAGAGAGUGGAUGUCCCUGGACAGGAGCUAUCUGCUUUCAGGCGGCUCGCAAUGGUCAUUUCAAAAUGUUGAAAUGGGCUCACGAGAAUGGUUGCCCCUGGGAUAAUAGGACAUGUCCUAAUGCUGCUAAGGGCGGGCAUUUGGAUAUUUUGAAAUUUGCUCUCGAGAAUGGCUGCCCUUGCAAUGCAAGUCUACUUGCUAGUGCUGCUGCUGAAUCGGGGUGUUCUGCCGUGCAAGAAUACGUUAGAGACAACAUAUGUCCAGAAGACUUGUCUAAAGUGUGUACCUCUGUGGUUUCACUCGGUUACUGCUACAGAACAUACCGUAGGAAAUGAUUAGUAUUGUAGCUAGAGUAGAUGAAAUCCCCACGGGUACUCUAGACUCCCUUCUUACUCUUUGUGAC